AUGAGGUGCUUCAAGUGCCUAGCCGCGGGACACACUCGCACCAAGUGCGGGAGCUGUUUUGACUGCAGCGGAUUAUGCUUCCGCUGCGGUCAACCCGGGCACAAGGCGGCAGAGUUCUCUGCCGCCCCUCACUGCCCCGUGUGUGCGGCGGCUAAAAAGCCCGCCAAUCACAUGAUGGGGCAGGGGGGCUGCAAGCCUCCCCGCGCUUCUCGGCGAACGCCGGGGGCUAGCCUGCCGACCCAGGCUGCCUCCGACGUCAAUCAUGCGUCGACGCCGACGCCCAUGGAGGAGGUUGUAGAGACGAUCCAGUAA